AUGCCGAAGUGUGGAGAGAUCCUGGGAAAAGGGCAGCAGCUCUGCAGAAUCACUAAGCAUUUUUCCUGGCAGAAAAACCUGACCGCCGAUGGUUUUGCAGAUGCGAGGCUGAGAAGAAGGAUUACUUCCUCUGCCCCCUCCCCAGGUCUGACAAAGAUGCGUGGAGUGCAGCUGGAUGUGAAGAGCCAGCUGGCUCUUAACGUAGAUUCAACAGUGUCUCCACCUUAUCAGCUGGAGUUUCCUUUAAUAACACAUGUGCACAGGAAACGUGUGCUGGCCCUUCCUUCUGCUCAAGAAGAUCAGACCCUGGACUUACUUGGAACACAGCCAGGAGAUGAAAAUCUGGCAAACACCAGCUCUCCUUCCCUUAUGUCACCUCCACCUGCACGCUCCACAUCAUUCUCACCUCCAGGCAACACUGAAGGAGUUGAGUCAGCAGCGACUGAAGGCGGUGUCUCUCCCACAGACAACACAUACCUCUCCACGCACCCAGGCUCCGUCCCUACCAUGGGACUCGGCAACCUACCACGCAGCAGCACGGCUGCCUUCACCACACGCACUCCCAUUGCCUUCAAGAACGCUUCAUCAGAUGAUUACAAUUCAACAUCCUUGCACAGCACCAUCUCACCAGUCAGCAUGCCAGCAAACACUGGGAUCAGCCCCACUCACACAAUAGAAGCUCCCACAGUGCCAACUGAAGAACCUUGUGGUAUACGUGUCGGCAGCAUAGAAUGUGUAAAAGAUGACAGUAACAUGGCUGAAGUUACACUGGUAGAUCUCAGAAAAGACAGAGAAUAUGUUAUUUUGGAGACUAACCAGAGCUUAGGAGUGAAUUCCAGCACCUAUACAAUAAAACUUCAGAGAUCCAUGAGUUACACAAUUAGAGUUAAAAACUGCACAAAUGAUCUUGAUAUUCCGCCUGACAGCAUCAAUAAUCCUUUCCAAGUUGAGCAUGAAACCAAAACAUCUGCAAAGUUAUGUUGGAACGUGUCACUUGCCUGUGCUAAUGUGACUGUUAGCUGCAAAGAUUCACCAGUCUUUAACGUGUUAAAUGAAACUUGUAAAUUGCUGGACAAUUUAACAGCCAACCAUCAGUACAACUGCACUGGUACCGUAUGGUUUUUUGGAAAGGAGGUUGUCAAACAAACCUUCAGCAUAACAACAGAUUAUGGUGCUCCGGAAGCACCAGUAAACCUUAAAGUAUUUUCUUAUGCCAAAAAUGUAUCAGUUACAUGGGAGAAACCUAGUGACAUUUCAAAGGGUCCUAUACAUGGCUAUAAGGUGUCAUGCAAUAACACAGUGGAAAAAGAUGUCAACACAACUAACUUUACUUGCUCUGAAUUAGAACCUUAUACCAACGGUUCUGUAUCUGUGACUCCAUACACGAACAGCAAAUAUAGUUCUGGCAUAUUUUUGGGAAAAACUGAAAAACGUGACUUUAAAACAAAAUCAGCAAAACCACAGCCAGUGAUUGAUGUUAAUGCAAAAUUGACAGCUGAUAAUGCUGUCCAAAUUAUGUGCAAAAGUCAACGAGUGUAUGGAGGAAAAACAGUAUUUGAACUAACUUGGGAAAAUGAUCAAACAACAUCCCACAGUCCCAAUAAUUGUGCUUUUCAAAAAGAAAAUCUCUUAUACUUGACAAACUACACAUUUACGAUCUUAGUGUUUAAUGGAGAGCAUAGAGGGCAGCCAGUAAGGAGGAGUAUAAGAACCAGAUAUAAUUCUAAAGCCCUGAUUAUAUUCUUGGCAUUCUUGAUCGUUGUGACAUCAGUUGCUUUACUACUGGUUCUGUACAAAAUCUAUGAUCUUCACAAAAAAAAGCUUAGUAAUACUUCUGAAGGCGUGAACCUUGUUGCAGUUAAAGAUGAUGACAGGCAACUUCUGAACAUAGAGCCAAUACCUUCAGAGCAAUUGCUGGACAUGUACAAGAGGAAGAUUGCUGAUGAAGGAAGACUUUUCUUGGAUGAAUUUCAGAGUAUUCCUAGAGUUUUCACUAAAUUUUCAAUAAAGGAGGCCAAAAAAAGCCAUAAUCAGAACAAAAACCGUUAUAUUGAUAUCCUUCCAUAUGAUCAUAACCGUGUUGAGCUCUCAGAGAUCCCAGGAGACCCAGGAUCAGACUAUAUCAAUGCAAGUUAUAUUGAUGGCUUCAAAGAGCCAAGAAAAUACAUUGCUGCACAAGGCCCUAAGGAUGAAACCACAAAUGAUUUCUGGAGAAUGAUCUGGGAACAGAAGGCAACAAUUAUUGUCAUGGUGACUCGCUGUGAGGAAGGAAAGAGGAACAAAUGUGCCCAAUACUGGCCGUCAAUGGAGAAUGGCUCUGCAACGUAUGGGGACAUCAUUGUGAAGAUCAAUGAAAGUAAAACGUGUCCAGAUUAUGUCAUUCAGAAACUACAUAUCACAAACGGAAGAGAAAGGACAGCUGGAAGAGAUGUCACUCAUAUUCAGUUCACAAGCUGGCCAGACCAUGGAGUCCCUGACGAUCCGCAUCUCCUUCUCAAACUCCGACGCAGAGUUAAUGCUCUCAGCAACUUUUUUAGUGGCCCAAUAGUGGUUCAUUGCAGUGCCGGUGUUGGGCGCACGGGGACAUAUAUAGGAAUCGACGCCAUGCUGGAGGGGCUGGAUGCAGAAGGCAGAGUGGAUGUUUAUGGCUAUGUUGUGAAGCUGCGUCGGCAGCGGUGCCUCAUGGUUCAAGUAGAGUCACAGUACAUCCUUAUCCAUCAAGCACUAGUGGAAUACAAUCAGUAUGGAGAAACAGAGGUCAGUCUCUCAGAACUGCAUUCCUACCUUAACAAUCUGAAAAGAAAAGAUCCUCCAAGUGAUCCUUCUCUGCUGGAGGCAGAGUUUCAGAGAUUACCUUCCUAUAAGGGGUGGCGGACACAGAACACUGGGAAUCGUGAGGAAAAUAAAAGCAAAAAUAGGAAUGCCAACAUCAUUCCAUAUGACUUUAACCGAGUGCCGAUCAGGCACGAAGAUGAAUGCAGUAAGGAGGGUGAACGUGAUUCAGAUGAUUCCUCAGAUGAGGACAGCGACUGUGAGGAAUCAAGCAAAUACAUCAAUGCUUCCUUCAUAACUGGUUACUGGGGUCCGAAAGCCAUGAUUGCAACACAGGGACCACUGCAGGAAACUAUCUCUGACUUCUGGCAAAUGGUCUUCCAAAGAAAAGUCAAAGUCGUCGUUAUGCUGACAGACCUGAAAGAAGGAGAUCAGGAACACUGUGCACAGUACUGGGGAGAAGGAAAACAAACGUAUGAUGGCAUAGAGGUUCAAAUGACAGAUGUCAGCUGUUGUCCCAGCUAUACCGUACGUGCAUUUGAUGUUACACAUCUGAAGACAAAAGAAACACAGAAGGUGUAUCAGUAUCAGUAUCACAAGUGGAGUGGCUUGGAUGUUCCAGAAAACCCCAAAGAUUUAGUCAGCAUGAUUCUCAACCUUAAACAAAAAGUCCCAGCCAGACCAGUCACUGGUGACAACAGGAGUACCCGCAGUGUCCCGCUUGUCGUCCACUGCCGUGAUGGAUCACAACAGACUGGUGUAUUUUGUGCUUUAAUGACCCUCUUGGAAAGUGCAGAAAUAGAAGAAGUAAUAGAUGUUUUCCAAGUUGUAAAAGCUCUUCGUCGCACCAGGCUGGGAGUGGUCUCCACCUUAGAACAUUACCAAUUUCUGUACGACACCAUUGCCAGUACCUACCCUGCAAAGAAUGGACAAAUAAAGAAGAACAGCCAGCAGGAAGAUAAAGUUGAAUUUUGCAGUGAAGUAGAAAAAACAGAUCAGGAAACUGAUCUGAUCACUAUUGAUCCUACCCCAUCAACGCCAGAGGCAAAUGAGCCUUUUGAAGUAUGUAAUGAUUCUAUGGCUGCAGAUAGCACUAAGGGAACAGAAAGCUCUGCAAACGGCCCCACAACUCCAGUUCUAACUUAGAGGCUAUACUAAAAAAAAAGUGCUGCGUCAUGUGCAAAAAAAUCUUAAAAAAAAUAAGAAAGUAUAAGAUUUCUUCCUCAUUUACAUCAUGUGGCAAUUCCAAGGAAUUCAGACUUAGAGAGAAUCUUUAAGUCCUCCCAUAUCGAUGUGGAAUAGAAAUCUUUGCAUUUUUCUAACUUGCCUCAAGGUGUCCUUGUUGCUUCACAUAUAUUAAUCUGAGCUUUCAAUGUUAGACUCAAAGAAGAGUUUGGAGAUUGGCAUUUGAAUGAUUGCAAUGAUUCCGAUAGAAAACGCAUUCUGUUUACUCUUAGAGCUUAAAGUACUGCCUGCUUGCAUAUCUAUUUCUUACGCUUACUGUUAUUUAAAGGGACUGCUUCCAUUAAUGCAUCUGACCUGUUUUCAGAAUUGGAAAAUACUUAGAUGCUUUUCCUCCAAACCUUGUAGAUUUUAAUUGGUACAGGAUUUUUUUUUUUUUCAUUAUGAGGUUUUGUAAGUUACAGUUGUGAUGUUUUUACUAUUUCUUGAUGGAUUUUAGCCUGAUGAUUUUAGAACAAAUAAAAAAGAUAAUUAAGAGUU